AUGAGGAGGCUGGUGGGACCCCCUCCCCCAAACUAUACCUGUUUUCGUUGUGGGAAGAACGGACACUACAUACGAAACUGCCCGACCAAUGGGGACAAAAGCUUUGAGGCGCCGCCGAGGAUACGGAGGAGCACGGGGAUCCCCCGGAGCUUCAUGACCGAGGUGGACGACCCCAGCAUGAAGGGCGCCAUGCUGACCAACACGGGCCGCUACGCCAUCCCCACCAUCGACGCGGAGGCGUACGCGACCGGGAAGAAGGAGAAGCCGCCCUUCCUCCCCCGGGAGCAGUCCUCCUCCUCGGAGGAUGAGGACCCCGUGCCGGACGAGCUGCUCUGCCUGAUCUGCAAGGACCUGAUGACCGACGCCGUGGUGAUUCCCUGCUGCGGGAACAGCUACUGCGACGAGUGUGUACGGACAAGCCUCCUCGAAUCAGAGGAGCACACGUGUCCUACUUGCAACCAAUCGGACGUGUCACCUGAUGCAUUGAUCGCCAAUAAGUUCCUGCGCCAGGCGGUGAAUAACUUCAAGAAUGAGACAGGUUACACCAAGCGCAUGCGGAAGGGGCCGCCCCAGCCGCCUGCCCCCGCGGCCCCGCCCCAGCUGAGGGUGCAGCGCCCCGUCCAGCCGGUCAGACCGCCCACCUCCCGACAGCAGGACCCCCUGAUGGCCAACGUGCCCCGUCCUGCGGCGGUCGAGACCCCCCCACCCCCUGUAGCACCGCCGACCGUCACCCCCGCCCCGGCCCCCAUUCAGCCCCCCCACCAGCCCCCCGGAGCGGCCCACUCUGCCAGCAGUAGCCCCGCCCUACAGACCAGCCCUGUGGCCCCGCGCCCCAGCUUCAGCAGCCCCGCCCCCUCCCCUCAGCGCACCAUCAAGCAGGAGGAGCAGCUGCCGCCGCCGCCCAAGGAAUGUUCUAGAGAGCUGGAGAGCGUGGCUCCUCCCCCGUCGGUCCUGGUGCCAGCGGACCCACCUCUGCCAACGCCGGUCAUUCCAAAGGGAUACCACGUUCCUGUCAUUGGCCAGCCUCACUCUCUCGGUCACAACAUCCCAAGAAACAUGCAUCCACCCCGGCCCAGCCUGCCCCGGCCUGUAGGAGGGAGACCGCCGUGGGAAAUGUCUUCUGGGAGGGGCAGGCCCCACAACGACCGGCCCCCUCGAUCGCAGGCCCCGCCCAUGCCCGCCGCCCUGCCGGCCGCCCCCCCGGUCUACGGGCCCCCGUCUCUCUUUGCCCAGCACCAGCACCCCAUGCCCCAGCCCCCCGGCGUGGCCCCGCAGCAGUACCCCCUGCCGUACCCCCCCGGCCAACCCCCCGCCGCCAACUACAGCGUGCCUCCGCCCGUCUACAACCCCGCCCCCGCCAACGUGCCUGCCCCGUGGGUGCCCCCCGGCACCCAGCCCCCCAUAAGCAACACCAUCCCCCCCCUCACCCCCACCCCCUUCCUCUCCAAGGAGGAGUUCUACAGACAGCAGAGGAGGCUGAAGGAAGAGGAGAAGUCUAAACUCGAGGAAUUCACCAACGACUUUGCCAAAGAGCUUCUGGAGUAUAGAAAGAUCCAGAAAGAAAGGAGACGAUCCUAUUCCAGGUCCAAGUCCCCGUACAGAGGCUCGUCGUACAGCGGCAGCUCGUACUCCUACUCCAAGUCCCGCUCGCGCUCGCGCUCCGUGCGCUCGUACUCGCGCUCGCUCAGCCGCUCGCGGUCGCGCUCGCGGUCCAGGUCGCGCUCGCGGUCCCGCUCCUACUCGCCGUACUCCCGCCGGGGCGGGCGGGGCCGAAGCCGGAGCUACCGCUCCAGGUCCCGCUCCCACGGCUACCACCGCUCCCGCACGCGCUCGCCGUCCUACCGGGGCCGCGACGGGGCCGGCGGCAGCGGGGCCUACCGCUCGCGCUCGCGUUCGCCGGGCGGCUACCGGAGCCACACGCCCAGCAAGAAGCCCGCGCUGCCCCCGCCGGCCGAGCCGGACCGCGAGCGCGACCGCAAGUUCCCCAACCGCUUCCGGGAGGCGCCGGCGUACGACGGGAAGCCCUACUACGGGCGCGGCGCGGACCAGGGCGGCGACGCCUUCGAGCGCGAGCGCUACCGCGAGUGGGAGAGGGAGUACCGGGAGUGGUACGAGAAGUACUUCAAGAGCUACAACAACCCCCCCGCGGGAGGAGGAGGACGAGGAGAGGGAGGGGUCGGGGGCCUGCCCCGGCCCGGUAGGGGCCCCCCGCCCGGCCGCGAACCCUUCGCCCCCGAACGCUUCGCCCCGCCCCGCCCCCGGGAGAACUCCCCCUUCGGCCGCGGAAGGAGAGGCGAGGAGUACCCCCUGCCCGCCCCGGGCCACGCGCACGCCCACGGAAUCCCCCCCAGGGGGCGCAACAUCCCCCAAACCUACCAGGAGAAGUUUGCCUUCAAGGAGGCCCACGGGUUGUCCUUGUUGGGUCCCGGUCCGGGACCUGCAAGAGGGCCUAGCAAGGAGCUCCCGAAGGCCCCCAAGGAGAAGGAGGUGGGCGGGGCAGGGGCGUCGACCGACCCCAAGGCCCUGAAGCACAAGAAGCACCGCAAGAAGAGGAAAGGGGAAGACGGAGGAGAUGGCUUCAGCCAGUCGGACUCCAUGGAGGACAGCGCGGGCGGGGCCAGGAAGGACGAUCGGCAGAAAGGGGGCGGGGACUCGCUGCUGAUGGCGUCCAGCCGCGACGACGCCACGCCCGUGCGGGACGAGCCCAUGGACGGCUCCGCCCCGCCGCCCUACAAGAGCGCGUCCUCCUCGGACCGCGACAGGCGGGACAAGGGCGGGGCCAAGGGGAAGAGCGAGAAGACCAAGCGCAAGGCCGACGGCGGGCCGAAGAAGGAGUCCUCCAAAAGCGCUACCGCGGCGACCGCUUCCGCCUCGUCCUCCAAGUCCUCCCGGGAGAAGGACAGCGACGCGGACCGGGACAAGUCGCCCCGCUCUGAACCGCCGGCCAAAAAGCACAAAGAGGACUCCUCCCUCAAGGGGGACCCGUCCAAGCCCCACCCGUCCCAGAGGGGCGACUCGUCCCGCCGCCCGGCCCCCAAACCCGCCAAGCCGCACCAGGACCCCAAAGCCUCCAAAGACGGCGGAGACGCUCGGGCCAAGAAGGAGCCCACCGCUAAGGACGCCGCCGCCCCCCGCCGCGACGCCGAGAAGCCGUCCUCCGCCAAGGCCGGCGACGCCAAGCCCGACAAGCGCAAGCGCAAGGACGACAAGGCCGAGGCAGACCCCGCCCCCGCCUCCAAGGCCACCCGCGGCCCCGACGCAGCCGAGGGGGCCAAGGGCUCCCCGAAGCCCAAGCCCAAGACGGAGAGCGAGAAGCAGGCGGAGCGCGAGAGGGAGAGAGAGAGGGAGCGCGAGAAGGAGCGCGAGAAGGAGCGGGAGAAGGAGCGGGAGCGGCCCGCCAUCCGGCCGCUGAUGGAGAAGGAGAUCAAGCCCGUGCCGCUGAGGAAGAUCAAGAUCAACCGCGAGAUCGGCAAGAAGAUCGGCAGCGCGGAGAUGCCCCCCGCCCCCGCGCCCGCGCCCGCGCCCGAGGAGCCCAGCAACGGGGCCGGGAAGGGCCGGCCCGACCGGAGCAAGGGCAAGGUGCGCAGGAAGGUGCCUGCCCCGGACGGCUCGGGCUCCCUGCUGGUGGACUACACCAGCACCAGCUCUACCGGAGGCAGCCCCAUUAAGAGGCUGGAGGAGAGGCAGGACCUGAGGAAGACCGUGGUGAAGACUCUGGAGGAGUACACCAACGACAGCUCCACCCCGGCCGAGGACGAGAUCGUCCUGAUCCAGGUGCCGCGCUCCAAGUGGGAGAAGGAGGACGAGUCCGACGACGAGGAGGGCCGGGCCCCUCCCCCCGCCCCCCUCGCCGCCGAGGGCGCGGCCGCCGCCGUCAAGCCCGCCGACAAGGAUAAGGACACGCCCCCUCCGGAGAGACCCGCCUCCGUUGCCAAGGACGCGGUGGAGGCCCCUCAGCCCGAGGCCAAGCCGGCACGGGUCUCCACCCCCGGUGACAAGGAACGGGAGAAGGAGAAGGAGAGGGACAAGGAUAAAGAGAGGGACAGAGAGCGGGAGAAGGAGAGGGAGAGAGAGCGAGAAAAAGAAAGGGAGAAGGAGAAGGUGAAAGAGAGGGAGCGUGGCGGAGGAGGUGGAAAUUCGGACAGGGAGGCGGUGACGGACAAGCGGAAGCCCGUCCCCUCGACCUCCGGCUCGGAUCGGGAGAGGAACCCGGAGCGCGGCAGUGACCAUAGCAACGAGAAGAGCAGCUCCUCUUCCUCCUCCUCAUCCCGGGACAGGCCGUCUGAGAAGCUGGACCCCGCCCCCCGGAAAGCGGCGGGAGCCGCGUCAUCGGCAGCUGGGGAGAGGAAACCGGAGCACAAGUCCGGAGCCAGGGACCAUUCCGGCUCAAAGUACAAGGACUCCAAACCCAGAGACCCCGCCAAGAGGAGAGAGUCUCCGCCCCCGCCCAAAGAGCAGGGCGCGCCCCCGAGGGCCCGGGACCGAGACGCUCAGCAGCACGGCGACGGAGCCAAGCGAGGGGGGGCGGAGUCCCGCAGGCCUGACCACAGCCCCGCGCGGGACAAGAGGCCGCCGUCGAACGCCGGCGGUCCCGAGCCCAAAAGGCCGUCGGACAAGGAGGGCGCGCCCGGCCGCCACUCCGACUCCACCGCGAGGAGCGCCAAAGAGCGGGAGCACGGCGCCGCUCACAAAGCGUCCCACAGGGGGGCGGGGUCACCCGAGGAGAGGGCGGGGCGAGGCGGCGGCGAGCGCGGGGAGCACCCCAAGGCCAAGGCCCCGCCGUCCGCCCGCUCGGCCCGCCUGUCCUCCGACCUGACCCGCGAGACGGACGAGGCCGCCUUCGUGCCCGACUACAGCGAGAGCGACAGCGAGGACGCCUCCGACGGGGAGGGGCCCGGCCGGGGGGCGGAGACGGGCCGCGCCGGGGGCGGAGCCAGCAGCCCCAGCGCCAGUCAGAGCCACUCGGGAAGCCCCGCCCACAGCAGCAGCGGCGGCAGCUCGCUGGGCAGCCAGGACAGCCGGAAGAAGAAGAAGGAGAAGAAGGACAAGAAAGACAAGAAGAAGCACAAGAAACACAAGAAACACAAAAAACACAAGAAGCACGGCGUCGGCAACGAGUCCGACUCGGAGCAGAAGGGACAGAAACACAAACACAAGAAGAAGAAAUCCAAGAAGAACAAAGAAAAGGACAAAGAUGAGAAGGAGAAAGAAGACCAAAAACCCAAACUGGCUGAAUCCUGAUAGGCACGGACACAGCUGAUUGAAUUCACCGACGUCCUGUUUUUUUCUCUUUUUUUUCUUUUGUAAUGUCAGUGUAUAUUGUACAGAGAAAUUUUUGAGUUGUACAUAUGCAUAGAGAUGAAUAUGCUGCACGUAAUAACUACUGCUCAGCUGAGAUUUUUUUUUUCAUCCAUUUGUUUUGUCUUCUGAGGGUUAUACAAAUGCAAAAAUUGUACAGAAAUGUUAAUUUGACCAUGCAAAAAAAAAAAAGUAAAUACUGUGGUGUUGAGAUUUAGCUACUUGAAUGGAGGUGAAUUUAUUUAUGUCAUCAACCUUUUAAGGAUUUUUUGGGCACAGUGGUGAGGAGUGGAUCUUGCCUGGGGGUUUGUGGGGGGGGUGGGGGGCAGGGGGGUAGUGGAUUUUGCCAGAGGGUCUUUGGGGGUUGGGGGGGGGAUGGGCCUGUGGUAAGUGUUUCUAAAGUCAUUUCAGAGGAUUUCUCCAUUGCAGGAGAGUUCUUUAUUAUCAUAUAGGAAUUGUUCAUUUAUAAAGCAAUUGCCAUAGCACUUUACAAAUGCAGAUUUGAACAUUAUCACAAAGCCUGAUGGAGCGAAUUCCUCAUAUCUUGACAUAGUACCCAGAAUGCAUUAGGCCUUUAAUUAUGGCACUGUAAGAGCAUUAUUAUGGACAGAACUGGAUAGCUGUUUUAAUGAAUUCUUUCAUGGCGACGCAUCCUUAUAAAGUAGGUGUGGGAUUUGCUGUACUGUGAAAUUUUUCCUCAUUUUUUUUUCCACUGACUUUGCAUCGCCUUCAUGUUUGAUUUAAACCACCAGCUGAAUCCUAGAGGGAAGAAGGCCUUUCUAUGUUUUGAUGACAAUAAAUUUUUUUCAGCAAAACUUU